AUGCGGCUGCUGAGUGUCGUCGUCCUGCUGCACGUCCUCGCCGCCCUCGACGCCGCCUCCAACAGCAGCUCUGCGUCCGCCGAGCUGCCCAAGGAGCACCGCACGGCGGCGGCCAGCAGCAAGGAAAUCGUCACUAAAAUAGUCAAGAAGAUCAAAGGCAUGGCUGAUCAGCACAAACUGCCGUCGUGGCUGAACGAGCAAAUCUACCAGUACGAAGACCCGAUCGCGUCUGGCCACCCGCACGCCUACCACGUGAUCAAGGACGAGGAGCCAACGAGCGACUCGAUUUUCAGUCCAACCGGUGUGAACAUCAAAGGAAUGCUAGGAUUCGUUGAAUACCUAAUUCUGCUCAUUCUUUUAAAGGGCUCCAUUGAUCACGUAGCCGAGAGGUACAAGCUGUCCAACAAGAUCAAAGACCAGGAGUUUCUGGCCAGGAAGACGCGAGACUUGAACGAACUCAGCACAAAAAUCCUCCAGAGAUUGCACUAAUUUAUUCAACAAGCAGGGAUUCCGAGUUUGGAUGGUCAAAUAAAACCAGUGGAUUCAGCUUUUUACAAUUGGAUGAUUUUUUUACUCUACAAACAUCAAUAAAACUGUUCUAUCAGUUUGUCAAUACAGCAAAGCAUGCGCUUAAUUUGAUAUAAAAAAUUUGAAACUAAAUUUAAUCGAUUUUGUUAAGCAGAGAAAUGAUAAUUAAAGAGUUAUUUAUUACAAGAUGAGGUUGUUGCUUUUUUGUUACAUCUUCUCCGACAGACAGUCAGUGGCGACGCUGCUUUGUCUUCUUUCAAGUAAAUUAACCGUAAUUACAGCUCACGCACUCACAGUUCAAUUCACGACACAAACGACACUCUUUCUUUUGAACCCAGCCUUGGCCGCCAGCUGGCUUGCAAAUGCAGUCAGGGUAAUUUUUUUAGCUACAACUGCGUCUGAACUGAGACGGAAAACAGUUUCAAUUUUAAAUAAAAA